UACUCAUUCUUGUGAUUGGUUGACAAUAGAGCUUCACACAUUGCAGGCGAUGGCUGUAGGAUGAAGUUGGUGAAGAGCAACUGCAGAACAUGCAGUCAAAACUUCAUGCACUUUGAUCACAUUAAUUUUGUAAAGUUCAUGUAGUCGACAAGUAAGCGCAAGUCGGACAUUUUUAUCCAUAAUGCAACCCAUUUUGAAAGGUUGGUCACCGACUUGACAAAAGGGAUCCGCUCAAACGCGCCCAAUGUAUGACGUUUUAGAGAUUCAGAAGGUACAUAUAAGCGCAUGUGGCUACACUCAUUGUGGAACUUGUAGUCACAUUAACAUGCUAGAGAGGCACUUCCAGAACCAUUGUGCAUCACCAGAACUGCACUACCCAUAGAUCAUUCGGGUUAUCAAGACUGUCUCAGACACGGAAGGUAAAGAAAAGUGCGGUACUGUAGAAGAUCCGAGAGGAGUUCACACUGCAUCAAGUCUAAAAGUUGUGAUCUGCUCUGGAGUCCAGGUACACUUAUAGACAGCCUCCAUCUGUCCUUCUAUCCCUCCUUCCAUCCCUCCCUUCUCUAAUUACCAGACCCUGGGACCGUGAGAAGCAAGCGAGGUUGAAGGUCUGCAGUCAUCACCAUGUCUACAUUCCGUUUUGGACAGCACGUCAUCAAGGCCUCAGCAGUGUUUCUACAAACUGAGUUGUCCUUCGCCCUGGUCAACAGGAAGCCUGUGGUGCCUGGACAUGUGUUGGUGUGUCCUCUGCGGCCCGUUGAGCGUUUCCGAGACUUGCAUCCUGAUGAGGUGGCUGACCUCUUCACCACUACCCAGAGAGUGGCUGACCUGGUGGAGAAACACUUCCAGGCUUCCUCCCUCACCAUCGCCAUACAGGAUGGCCCUGAAGCCGGACAAACUGUGAAGCAUGUUCACGUGCAUGUCCUCCCCAGAAUGGCAGGUGACUUUGAGAGAAACGACAACGUCUAUGAUGAGCUCCAGAAGCAUGACCGUGAGAGUGAGGACGUCCCUUCCAGGUGGAGAACAGAGGAGGAGAUGGCAGCAGAGGCUUCUGAUCUGAGGAAACAAUUCAGCUAAACUGUCCUGUAAAGAACCACUUUAGAAUCUCUAUAACGACAACUUGCAACGUUUCAAGUGAUUGUGCAGUGGAUAAUUCUUCAGUUGGGACUGUUGUUGGAAAAAGUAUUUUGAACUGAACUGAUGUGGUUGAUUACAGUUCAUACAUCUUUAAAUGUAAUGUGUGACUUGUAUUAUUACCUCAGGUGUUUUUUUUUGUGGUGUUUUUGUUGUUCUCCUUAGAAUUUAUUGGGGUUAGACUUGUACCAGAGUUAUUGUUGUUGUUUUAUAUUCCAUGAGUGUCACAACAUGUAAAUGUUGAAUUAUUCAUCAAUCGCUCUCCCUUGCAUCAGUUCUUAAUCGCACCAAGUCAGUGCUCAUAACAACAUUUAAAGGCCCUCUAAACCCCACAGUCACAGCUAUGAACAUGCAUGUGAGCACCUCCAUGCAAAGCGGAGCUAAAAACGAGUGGAUAAUGAAGGUAACAUGUGGUUAAUAAAGAGGAGCAGCUGCUCUGGGAUCUGUGAAAUUGUCAAAUCAGAUUUAGUGUGCCGUAGGAGACAACAAGCCUGCCAAAGAGUCAGCUGAAGGCAAUAGAUCUGCUUCCACAUUGACAGAGGUCAUAGUAGUGGAAAGCAGAGAUGUUGUUGUUGCUGGUUUUUCUUAAUAUUUGUGAUUAACUUUAAGCAUCUGAUUUGGAAAAAAGUUUGCUUUUCAUAAUACUCAGUUUAGUUGAGUUUAUUAGGAUCCCCAUUAGCUACUGCACAUGCAGCAGCUACACUAUCCCGGGGUCCACAUAAAACAUACAAAUACAUAGCAAGAAAAACAUAAGAUAUCACAUUCAAUUAAAAUAAGAGUUAUAUAUAUAUAGGAAGACCAAAAAAAUACCAUUUACAGUGAGAUAAUGAAGACCUGAAACAUUACGAGAAGCAUUUUGAAGCCUAAUUUCAGUUUUCAGUUGAAGCUUUGAUAUACUUUCAUUUCCUUCAACUCAGUUGUGAAGCGCUUAAAAGCAUUUCCCUGCACACACAAAAGGGUUCUUUGGCUGUCCCCAUAGGAUAACCCUUUUUUGGUUCCAUGUAGAACCAUUUUGGGUUCCAUGUACAACCCUCUGUGGAAAAGGAUCUACAUAGAACCCCAAAUGGUUCUACCUCAAACAAAAAAGUGUUCUUCAAAGGAUUAUCCUAUGGGGACAGCCAAAGAACCCAUUUAGGUUCUAGAUAGCACCUAUUUUUCUAUCAGUGUUGAGUCCAGGGAAUGGGUUUUGUUUGGUACAAGGUUGAAAAAUGGACCAUAAUAAAUGGUGUGAAUUAAACUCCACCUCAACAUUCAAUAAAGUGGCAUUAUGAUUGAAACAAUGAUCACAGUAAUGGAUUGAUUCCUGGUGGUUAUGCCUGAUGAAUAGCACAGCAUAAGGCUACAUUGAUUUUCUUUUUUGUAUCGAUGUUGGAAUAAAAUGCCAGUCUUGCCAUUUACUCAGCUGGAUGCAGAAAUACAAUCCUGUUCUUGAAAUACAAUGUGUGAGUGGCUUUCUAGUGGCAAUCAAGCUGUAAAAGGCCCCAUGAAUUUUAAACAAUAUUAUUAAGCAUGAGGAAUUCCUCAGUGGCAAUAAUUCAAAGAGUCGGGGGAGAAAAUCCAUCUACUGUAGGUCCAGUAAGAUUAAACUUUCCCACACAGUGAGGGAAACAUAGCCUCACAUAAAGGAAUAUACAGUUCAUAUUUGACCUUGGCUUCAGGACCAACACUGUUACCACGAUCCAAAUGCCCCUUUUAAUAUCCCUUCCAUUUCACAGGUUUGUGGUUGAUCGUAAUAUGAAAUAAUUAGUAGGAACAUAGAAUUGGAUAUCGUUAAAGCAUAUUGAAUAUAAUUAGCUACCAGAGAAUAACGUUGAAAUAAAUUUCACGUGCUGUGGAAUGGAAGGCACAUCCCAAAUCUAUUAGAUGGAUGACUCAAAGUGUUCCUAUUUACUGAGGAAUGGUUUAAUUACCUCUCUGACAUGGUUAUAGGGCCUAAUAACUCCCGACAUCUUUUAUAGGAAUAUCAGGCUACCGCUUCAAUGGUACCAUGAAUCACUUUACUUACACUGUGAGAUUGGCUUUUGGGAACUUCUCUGACUAAUGUUUUGCUUGUAUUUCAAGAGAAAGACUGUUUACCUGAACUUCAUAGAUUAGAUGUUUCAUUACACAACCCAAAUGCUCUUAUAAUAUUGAUUUAAAGCAUGAACAUUGACAUGAAAAACUAAAUGUAAAAGCAUCCAAGAAACUAGCAUAUUCUGUCCCAACAGAGCGAAAGAUCCAUGGGCAUUAAAUCUAGUUGUGUAUUGUGUGUUUUGGCCAACCAUGUAUUCACUAGAGGAGACACCUCACUUAUAGGAAACACUAAUUUUCCUAUUUCCACCAUCAUUGAAUGUAACAAUAUGUAGAGUCAUACAGCUUCUUUUCAAAUGAUAAUAUCCCUGGACCAUCAGAUAUGCAUCUGCACAUGUCAGCAGGCGAGUUCAGCAUUACUAUGAAAUGUGGCUGGAGACCCCACACAUAACCAUCAUUAUUCAUUAUUUAUAACCAUCAUUAUUUACCCGUAAUAGAAACACAUCCUCUGGUUCAACUAAAUGGAUGUGUCUUCCAUUAUAGGUGCGUUUGAAGAAACCGUGUACUGAGCCUGUAACGUAACAAAACAUGGAAAAGGUCAAGGGGUCUGAAUACUUUCCUAACAGACUGUAUAUGCCAUGGCAAUGUUUUUUAUGUAAUGUACAGCCACAGGAGGUUGGUGGCACUUUAAUUGAGGAGGACGGGUUCAUGGUAAUCGGUGGAGCGGAAUGAGUGGAAUGAUAUCAAAUACAUCAAACACAUGGCUUGAUGCCAUUCCAUUUGCUCCGUUCCAGACAUUAUUUUGAGCCGUCUUCCCCUCAGCAGCCUCCACUGUGUACAGACCAAACUGCACAGGGGUUUCUACUACUCCUGUGGGUAUGAGUGCAUGGAUGAGAUUUAGGUCUCCAAGAAAUACUCUCACAUUUGUGCUAAUGUCUUCUAUAUGAAUUUUUGCUAGCAGUGUUAACCACAUUACAUUUUUACCUUCCUAAAAUUACUUAUGCUGAUAACAAUAGGAACAAUAUUAUUAACCAGUAGUCAUUUUUACAGACUUGUCAGUUUCUACCAGUGAACAGAAAAACAGCAAAGAGAAAUACAUCCUGAUCAGAGGUAGUAUAUAUUGUGACAGGUCUGCAUGCAGUUGGGGCUAUCAAAAAUGGCCUUCAGUUUUUCCCUAUCUAUUUUUCUAUUCUUCUCUCAAAUUGUAUCCAGGUUCUUGAAUAGGUAGUGCUUAGUGAAUGGAAUGGCUUUAGGAGGAAUGUGUUUGAGCAGUAAUGAACUUUUUUGUGGUGUUUGGUGCUGUAAUGACUUACUAUAAGAUAUCACAUUUCUUAUAACUAAAAUAAAUAUCAUAUUUAGUGCCAGUACAAAUUUGGCCCCAUUUCAUAUAA